AAAAACCCCACCCCCUACCCCCACACCCCACCCCACCCCUUCUUCUCUCUUUCCCCUCUUUACUACCAAAAAACCAAAGCCAACCCACAAACUCACUCCAUUCAUCACCCCCACACACAACACACACAUUGUGUUAAAAGACAUCACUAAAUAUAGAAGAAUCAAGAAACCAAGAGCAAAUUUCAAGAAAAUUGAAAGAGAAAAAAAAAAAUCAAACUCUUUUCCUUCUUCCUUCUUCAAGUGCCAUGGAUUUACAGAUCUAUGGUUUCUUGUUCACUUUAUUUCUCACAUUCUCCAUUAAUGGUGCUACAUUACAACAAAAAACCCAAACCCCAUCUCCACAAAUCAACUCAAACUCAGUUCUUGUAGCCCUUUUGGAUUCACACUACACAGAACUCUCAGAGCUAGUUGAAAAAGCCCUUCUUCUUCAACCACUCGAAGAAGCUGUAACUAAACACAAUAUCACCAUUUUCGCACCUAGAAAUGAAGCUCUGGAGCUUGAUUUAGAUCCCGAGUUCAAGCGUUUUUUGCUUGAACCCGGGAACAUUAAAUCCCUCCAGAACCUCCUCUUAUUCCACAUGGUGCCAGCUCGAGUCGACCACUCGAGCCUGCACCAUACCAGGAAUAAUAAUCACACAACUCUAUGCCCCGGAGAGACUGAACGCCUCUCCGGGAACAAUCUAAAUAUCAUUCACCCGAAUGAUAUAAUCAAAUCAGACGGAAUAAUUCACGGAAUCCAAAAGGUUCUAAUCCCUAAAUCAGUUCAACAAUCUUUCAAUAAUCGAAGAAAUCUCCGGUCGAUUUCAGCUGUGCUCCCUCAGGGAGCACCAGAAAUCGACCCGAGAACUAACCGAUUGAAGAAAAACCCCAAACCAGUACCCGCCGGCGCUCCACCGGUACUACCGAUUUACUCCGCAAUGGCACCAGGUCCUUCUCUAGCUCCGGCACCAGCACCAGGUCCCGGCGGUAACCACCACCACUUCGACGGUGAAACUCAGGUGAAAGAUUUCAUACAAACACUAUUGCAUUACGGUGGAUACAACGAAUUAGCAGAUAUUUUAGUAAAUUUAACAUCAUUAGCUACUGAAAUGGGGAGAUUAGUUUCAGAAGGAUAUGUAUUGACUGUAUUAGCUCCAAAUGAUGAAGCUAUGGCGAAAUUAACAACCGAUCAGUUAUCGGAACCCGGUGCACCGGAACAGAUAAUGUAUUAUCAUCUGAUACCGGAGUAUCAAACUGAAGAAAGUAUGUAUAAUUCAGUACGAAGAUUUGGGAAAUUGAAAUAUGAUACAUUAAGAUUGCCACAUAAAGUUGUUGCUGAAGAAGCUGAUGGAUCUGUGAAAUUCGGGUUCGAAGAAGGAUCGGCGUAUUUGAUUGAUCCCGAUAUUUAUACCGACGGGAGAAUUUCCGUUCAGGGGAUUGACGGAGUUCUUUUUCCGGUGGAGGAUAUUAAGGUGGCUCCAAAAUCUGCUCCGGUUGUUGGUGAUGCUAAAGUUGUUGCUAAACCAAGAAGAGGAAAGUUGAUGGAAGUAGCAUGUAGUAUGAUGGGGUCAUUUUGUCAUUAAAAUUCAAGAUCAAGAAAUUGAAUUAUUAAGAUUGGUAAUUCAAUUAGGAUUUGUGGAGAAGAGGAAAAAAAAAUAAAAAAGCUACAAAAUUUUCUGAAUAAAUGGCAAAUUUUUAAUAUCUUUUUUUUUCUAGGAGAGCCUUGUAAAAUUUAGGGAAGGAGAAAAAAUGUUUGAGUUGAAGUAAAAAUUCAGAAAAAGGGAAUUUUCUCCUCUUUUUUUUUUUUUUGGUUUUUGUUAUAAAUACUGUAAUUACUAUAUAUCAAUUUUUUAUUUGUAUUUAAGGUUUGUUGGUACCAAACACUUUGUAUGCAGAAAUAUACAGAGUCUUUUUUGUCCUUUUUAUA